GCUCACCCCCUCCUGUCAGUUGGCGGUUCUGAGGGCUGUCUGCGGCGCCGCUCCUCCCAGGAUGGCUACCCUGGUUGUAAACAAGCCUGGAGCGGGGCUAGACAGUGGUCGACAGGGAAGCCGGGGAACGGCUGUAGUGAAGGUUCUGGAAUGUGGAGUCUGUGAAGAUGUCUUCUCUUUGCAAGGAGACAAAGUUCCUCGCCUUCUGCUUUGUGGCCACACAGUGUGUCAUGACUGUCUCACUCGCUUACCUCUUCAUGGAAGAGCAAUACGUUGCCCAUUUGAUCGACAAGUAACAGACCUAGGAGAUUCAGGUGUUUGGGGGUUGAAAAAAAAUUUUGCUUUAUUGGAGCUUUUGGAACGACUACAGAAUGGACAUAUUGGUCAGUAUGGAGCUGCAGAAGAAGCCAUUGGCAUAUCUGGAGAGAGUAUCAUUCGUUGUGAUGAAGAUGAAGCUCACAUUGCAUCUGUAUAUUGCACUGUGUGUGCUACUCAUUUGUGCUCAGAGUGUUCUCAAGUUACGCAUUCUACAAAGACAUUAGCAAAGCACAGGCGAGUGCCUCUAGCUGAUAAACCUCAUGAGAAAACCAUGUGCUCUCAGCACCAAGUACAUGCCAUUGAGUUUGUUUGCUUGGAAGAAGGUUGUCAGACCUGCCCCCUCAUGUGCUGUGUCUGCAAAGAAUAUGGAAAACACCAAGGUCAUAAGCAUUCAGUAUUGGAACCAGAAGCUAACCAGAUCCGAGCAUCAAUUUUAGAUAUGGCUCACUGCAUACGGACCUUCACUGAGGAAAUCUCAGAUUAUUCUAGAAAAUUAGUUGGAAUCGUUCAGCACAUUGAAGGAGGAGAACAAAUAGUAGAAGAUGGAAUUGGAAUGGCUCACACAGAACAUGUACCAGGUACUGCAGAGAAUGCACGAUCCUGUGUCCGAGCUUAUUUUUCUGAUCUACAUGAAACUCUGUGUCGUCAAGAAGAAAUGGCUCUAAGUGUUGUUGAUGCUCAUGUUCGUGAAAAACUGAUUUGGCUCAGGCAACAACAAGAAGAUAUGACUAUUUUGUUGUCUCAAGUUUCAACUGCCUGCCUCCAUUGUGAAAAAACUUUGCAGCAGGAUGAUUGUAGAGUUGUCUUGGCAAAACAAGAAAUUACACGGUUAUUGGAAACAUUGCAGAAACAGCAACAGCAGUUUACAGAGGUUGCAGAUCAUAUUCAGUUGGAUGCCAGCAUCCCCGUCACUUUUACAAAGGACAACAGAGUUCACAUUGGACCCAAAAUGGAAAUUCGAGUUGUUACGUUGGGAUUAGAUGGUGCUGGAAAAACUACUAUUUUGUUUAAGUUAAAACAAGAUGAGUUUAUGCAACCCAUUCCAACAAUUGGUUUUAAUGUGGAAACUGUAGAAUAUAAAAAUCUAAAAUUCACCAUUUGGGAUGUAGGUGGAAAACACAAAUUAAGACCAUUGUGGAAACAUUAUUACCUCAAUACUCAAGCUGUUGUAUUUGUUGUUGAUAGCAGUCAUAGAGACAGAAUUAAUGAAGCACACAGUGAACUUGCAAAGUUGUUAACAGAAAAAGAACUCCGAGAUGCUUUGCUCCUGAUUUUUGCUAACAAACAGGAUGUUGCUGGAGCACUGUCGGUAGAAGAAAUUACUGAACUUCUCAGUCUCCAUAAGCUCUGCUGUGGCCGUAGCUGGUAUAUUCAGGGCUGUGAUGCUCGAAGUGGUAUGGGGCUGUAUGAAGGAUUGGACUGGCUCUCACGGCAACUUGUAGCUGCUGGAGUAUUGGAUGUUGCUUGAUUUCAAGUGCCACAAUUAUUUAGUUUUGUGGUUAAGAGUUAUUUUGCACGUAAUACAUAAGAUUCUACAUCACAAAUACUAUAGUUAAUUAAGGAUGUGCAUAGAAAAGAAUCUUGCACUGGGAACGAAGUAUGUUAUUUGCUUUUAAAAAGUUGUUGUGUGACAGAAUGUGAAUUAUUAUAGCAGAUUAAAUUGGAUUAACUAGAGAUUUUUUAGAUAUACAUUCUUUUAAAAAGUGUAUUUAAGAUUUCCAGAUAAUAUGUUACUCCAUAUAUUGGGAAAAAAGUUGUCACAGAGACAGGAUAAGUGAAGGUUUUGUUUUUCCCAGUGGAAAAGCAGAUAUGCCAACUGAGUGCCUAGUGUAACUUGUGUAGAGCAAGGGAGUCAUAACUUCUUUAACCUGCCUUUUCACUGAAUUUUGGCUAUUUAGUAGUAGACAUGGCAGCUGCUUAAUGAAAUAGAAUAAACUGCAUUUGGGAGUAACAGGAUUAUUUCAUUGUUCACUAUAACAGAACAUCUUUAAUGCAAAGAACUACAAGGUAUAAAGUGAGUAUUUUAUACGUUUUAUUAAAACUUUUCUCAAGCAUUUUGUAUAAAACAGAGAAUGAAAUGUUAUCUUACUAGACCCAAGUGUCAGAUUAGAACUAGUAAAAUGAAGAGUAAUUAAUAAAACUGUGAGAGUCAUUUGAUCUUCUCCUAGGCUUAUUUCCUAGGCCAGAGCUCUAAAUUGGUCCUUCUACUUUUCAACACGUUUCUUUUUAAAAUAUUCUAUGCUUUGUAGGAGUGAUUGUAGGUCAAACAUAGUCACACAAAGAACCAGUUUGUGGUUCUUCACAUAAAAGAGAACUAAUAGCUUUACAUAAAAGAGAGAACUAAAUCAGCUUUCCAUAAAAGAGAACUAAAUAGAAAACAACCUUUAAGAGUUGCUAUUCCAAAUAGUAGGGAAUGCCUAUUAUUUUUAAAAUAUUUCCCAAAGUAAGUGCAUUUAUUCAGCAAAAAAAAAAAAAAAAACCACAAGGCUUUUCAUGACAAAGCCUCACAGUUAUUUAAGAGGAGAGAGGUAUCUACAGAAGGAAACAAAACUUUCAAAGUUUACAUGUUAUGCAGUGUUGUGAAUAAAAGUAAAAAAAAUUGUGCUCUUUACUGUUUCUCAUUUUUAAACGAUACUCAUGAAAGCAUGAUUUUAUUAAUUUAAAUAGCUAGUUUUUUUUUGUUUUUUUAAUGCUCUUCAUACUUUGUGAUGAAGUUCAACCUUCUGUCUUACUAGCUGAAUUGUUGUAAGGACAGUGAUGUCUGAUGACAGAAUAUGACUUAGGUGGCACUGUUAUGGUUCACUCUUCAGAUGUUUUUUAAACAAUAAUUUUAGAAAAUAAAGCAUUUAAAAGUCCAUCACUGUUAUGGGCAAUAUGUAAAUAAGUAUAGUGUUUUGUCCUUUAUUUUUCAAGUAAAAGGUCAUGCUGUUACUAGUAGUUUGUGUGCUUAAGUGAUACUUUGGAAUUAAAUUAUUUAAUAUUUCACUGAUUUCAAUGUAACUGUGAAAAAUAAAAAUGGUGUUGCAUUUGCCUGUGAACCCUUAAACUGGUUUCUGUACUAGGUAAUUGAAAAAAGUAUAGCAUUAACAUGUGAACUUGCUUUCCUUAUAACUUGUUUCACUGAUUUUGGUAAACUUUGUAAUUCACAUUCUUAGCAUAUAACUGAACAGUUUUACAACUUGGCUUCUGCCGGACCAUAAUGUAUAUAUAUUGGUAGGGUUUGUGUUUGGUUUUUCUUAAAGAAAUAUUUUUCUCAUGCUCCCAUUACUGUUUGUGGUAGUCUUUCACUAAUUAGUCAAGACUGUGCUAGUUUUCCCUGGGAAAUGUCAAAUUUAAGAAUGACAGAUGUUUUAAACACACUAUGUUAAGAUUUGCCUCCUAGCUCUGAAUUUCUGUAUUAAGUUUAAAUAAUAUUGUAUGGAUUAUGUAAAGCAGCCGUCAAGUGUGUCACCCUGGUUUAUAAUUCAGGAAUGCUUAAAACCACCAGAAGCCAUUAUUUGCUUUACAUACAUGACCAGUAUAGACAGCAAUAAAAUAUUAAAAUCAUUA